GUGAAUCAUUGAUUGCUAGUUAUGAGAUAUAAUCAUUGCUGUUAUCUAAUGUAGUUCAGGACAAGAUGCACUGCCUGAGCCGGACCCCGAGUUCGUACCUGGUCAACACUUACAGCGACGUAAAAGAAGUUGACGAGAGCAAAAGAGAAUCAUAUGAAGCCACCUGGUUAGACCUGGUCAUGGAGACAAGACCAGAGUACAAAAAUACACUCACUGAGAAAGACUCAUCACGAAAGGAGUCUUACAAACGAAAGCGCGUGCGUCAUUUUGUUGUGCGAAGGUUCCUCAAUCAGACCUUUUGCACUGGUGAAGAGGGAACAAAACUGCGUGAGUAUCAGCUACCGUUUAAAACCACGCUUCCACUACAGAUCUUUGUGCCCAGGAAACUCUGCACUUCACCAGAGACAAACAGAGAGACGUCGCCUUCCUUUUUGCGCUCGGACAGAGACUCUGAGAAGAGCGAGAGCCGGAAGAAAGUGCUGUGGUCCGGUGUGGAAGAUGCUACACAACCGGAGAGGACAAAGUUCACAGUGCGCACACUAGUGUCACCAGCGUGGGACUUGGCACGUGAUUUCCAGAGAACAUAAAGAGUAAAUGCAAUAAUCACUACCCAUAGCGAAAUACACCGAGUGUGAUCAAUUUUCUUAUUUAUUUUACUCCAGCACUGUCCAAUCCUCGACUUUGAUUAACUGAUUAAUUUUCUACAACAGCAACUUUAUAUUCUAUUAUAUUAUACAAUUAUAUCAUAUCAUUUAUAUUGUAACUUAUACAGAGACGUGUGAUGGAGGUUCCAAAAUAAUUGAUUAAAAAAGUUUAAGGAACAAAAAUGAACAAAGGUAUUGUUACUUGGUAAAGAAGGAUCGUAGAUAUAGUGAAGUUUUCUGUAAAGGGGAAACAAGGAAGGAGUCUCUAGAUUCAGGGCUUUGUAAUAGUCAUUAAGAGAGAUUAAAAACAAAGAGGUUAGGGAAUGAUGAUUUAUAGCUGGGAUAACGUAAGUGAUAACAGGAAUUUCUUUAACAAAUCGCUGUGGUAUAAGAACAAUAAAACAGUUCAGGACAAGCUGUUAAAUCAAAUGCAUGUCCGCAUCAUAGCAUCCCAUCGUUGAUUAUUUUAACAGCAACCCCUGAUUUUAUUUAUUAUGGGAAAUUUUUAUAAGGGACCUAUUACAAAAUUAUAUAAAAUUAUACUAUUUACUUCAACUCUUUUACGUUUUUGACCAAAUGAAAUGAUCCACAGAUGUACUAUUACAGAUAUCUUUUAAUUACAAAAUAAGACUGCUGUUGUAAGUGUAAGUAUGUUGUAUGUAUGUCUUAUUUAUUUUAAAGUAUAUAGAUAUGUUACAAUGCAGUUUCUUUGUGUUAGGAUUAUUUGUCUUUCUGUAGACACAAAGACCAUAUUCAGCAAGUCUGCAUUGAAGUGGUGGAAUAGAACACAUUGGUUGUUUCCAGCAAACUUCUAGAAUAAAUGCAAUAAUCUCUACCUAUAGUGCACUACACUGAGUGAUGACAAUAUUUUAUAUUGUCUGCAGCACGACUUGAAUUCUCGAUUUUGAUUAACUGAUCUUUUUUUUUUUUUACAACAGCAGAUCUAGAUGGAUGGAUGGAUGGAUGGAUAGAACUUUAUUGUCAUUGCAUAGUACAGGUUCACAGCAAGUGCAGUUUGGCAUCUACCAGAACU